CGCACGCAAGAAAACAAGAGUUUCAUGAUGAAGAUGAAUUGUGGCGAACUGUUCUGGAUAUGAUUCAUAUAUUUGUUUUCUUCGGUCUGUUCCUGUGUUUCGCGAAAGGUGUGUUUGGUGUUGAUGCAGAUGGAUUGAAGUCAGUGUCGGUGAUGGAGGGAGAUUCUGUCACUCUUCACACUGAUCUUACUGAAAUACAGAGAGAUGAUCACAUACUGUGGAUGUUUGAAUCUCAAGAGACUCGUAUAGCUCAAAUUAUUAAACGGGUCAACUCGAGCUCUAUAUAUGAUGGUGAUGAUGGAAGAUUCAAAGACAAACUGCAGUUGGAUGAUCAGACUGGAUCUCUCACCAUCAGAAACAUCAGAAUCAAACACUCUGGACUUUAUAAACUACAGAUCAUCAGUAACAGAGGAAACUCAUACAAGAGAUUCAAUGUUACUGUAUACGCUCCUCUGCCUGUUCCUGUCAUUAUCAAUAACUCUUCAAUCUGUUCAUCAUCAUCAGGAAGAUCAUUAAGCCCAAAAUGUUUCUUUCAAUGUUCAGUAAUGACAGUGACACAUGUGACUCUCUCCUGGUACAAAGGAAACAGUUUAUUGUCCUCCAUCAGUGUGUCUGAUCUCAACAGCAGUCUCUCUCUACCUCUGGAGGUGGAAUAUCAGGAGAACAACACCUACAGCUGUGUGAUCAACAAUCCCAUCAGAAACCAGACUAAACAUCUCAACAUCACUGAAGUCUGUCAGAUGUGUUCAGAUCAGACACGUUCAUAUCUCAUACCAAUGAUAGUUGCUGGAGUUGUGGUGCUCAUAAUUGCAGUUUGUGGAGUGAUUUACAGGCACAACAGAGAUCGUAAACAAGCAAGUCAAGAGGAAUUGACAGAAAACCCCUAUAGUGGUGGCCGUGGCCGUGUGCUGACCGACCAGCAAGAGAGGGCAGUGGUGGAAAUGGUGAGGGCCAGGAAUGAUAUACGGCUGUCAGAAAUAAAGCAGGCAAUUGAGGAGAACAAUGACACCUUUGCCAAUGUGGCAUACCAACAGUAG